AGAAGAGGAGGUGUGGUGAUUACAGUAGUAACAGAUUCUGUCCUCAUCAGUCCAGCAGUCAUUCCUCCAGCUCUAAACAUGCUGCUGCUGCUCCUACUGCUGCUGUCACCAGGUGAUGGCCAGGCUCAGCGUGUCUCGGGCCAGAAGAGGGACGGCUCGUGUGUGUGUCCAGUGGACUCCAACCUGUGGUCGUUCCCUGCUGUGAAGUACGAGGCCGUGCUGGAGCAGGUUCAGACCUGUGGAGGAUCUUUGAAAACCUUGCAGGAACAGGUGAAGUUGUCCAGCCAGCGUCUCCCUCACAUCCAGGCUGCGGUUGAAAACGUGACGGCCCGGCUGGAGCCUCACCUGUACCUGCAUAACCGGGGCCUGUACACGGCUUUGUCUCUGCGCCAGCUGGGUGAGGAGCUCAGCCAGUUGGAGACAGACGUUGGUGCCAUCCACAGCCAGCUUAACAAUGCCCAAACACAGAAAGUCUCCAAAGAGGUGGAUAAAUUGCGUACAGAUGUAGACAGGAUGCAAAUGUCGGACACAAUUAACAUGAAGAGCGUCAAAGAGAGACUGCGCUACCUGAAAAAUGCAGCUGAGUCCUGCAGAUCAAUCCCCACAGACUUCAGAGGCCAGGGCACACACUGCCUCAAGGGUCUGAUCACCAACAUUAGCAAUCCUGUCAUGACUAAGGUCAGUCCCCAUGGCAAGAGCUACAUCUCUGGUUCGUGGGGCAAACAGGCCCAGAUGGACAGUGAGGGGGAGAAGAACAGCUACUGGGUUCAGCCUUUGCUCAACAGCCACAUCUGGGGCAACUCCCUGCGUGUAUACCAAACCUACGAAGACUUCAUGGCCUCUGUCAACCAGAGGGACUUUACCAUCGCUCCAUCCUUUAGCCACGCCAACACCAUUGAGGGUCCCAGUGCUGUUCUAUAUGGUGAAGCGCUGUACUAUCACUGCUACCGCUCUGCAGACGUCUGCCGCUACGACCUGAAAAGCAACACUGUUAAACGGGUGACACUUCCUGGCACCGGCGUGGGUUUCAACAACAAGUUCCCGUACUGUUACUAUGACUGCCGAGCUAAUAGUGAUGUGGAUGUGGAGGCAGAUGAGACGGGACUAUGGGCCCUCUAUGCCACUGUCGGCAACCACGGUAAUCUAGUGGUGAGCCGGCUGGUUUGGGACAGCGAGGCUGAGACACUCAAUGUCUCCCAGACGUGGGAGACGAGGCUGUUCAAGAAGGCGGUGAGCAACGCUUUCAUGGUGUGUGGUGUGAUGUAUGCCACUCGUUACGUGGACGACUACCGGGAGGAGGUGUUCUACGCCUUCGACACAGCGACAGGCAAAGACGACAACUCACUAGCACUGCCACUGGAGAAGGUAGCUAAAGGAGUGGCCAGUCUGAGCUACAACCCCACCAACAAGCAGAUCUACAUGUACAAUGAUGGAUAUCUACUGGCCUACCAGGCCCACUUCUGAUCCCAAGCUGUUCUGAUUGUUCUAAUUGGCUAUUUAUUACGAUUUCCAUCUUAGCCAUGAUCACAUAACACAUAGAACAAGAAAUAAACAGACAUAAAGAAGGUCCAGCUGAAAGACUGUUUCACAUGUAUGUUAACAUCACGGACUCCAUACUGUCAUGAUUUGUACUGCAUAUCACAUGCUGUCUGUUUUUAAUGUCGCAACACUGAAUGGAAUAAAGAUGAAAAUCAAUAAUAAACAAAUUAUAUAUAAAUAUAAUGAAAACUGCAAAAACUAACUUUAAUAGCUUUUCCAUUCAGAAAUAUUGUGUUUGUUGUUGGCUGUAAUUGCAGACUGGCGUGUCAGGUCUUCAGCUAUGCCUGCGGCUUGUUGAGGCUGUGGAGUUCACUGCAAAUUAUAACAUGCUGAUGUUUAGAAGGAAAUGUUUAUUAAAGGUCCACCUUGAGAUCUUCCAUUUAUUGGAGCAUUGAUGG